AGUAGAUCGAGAGGUAUGCAAUUUAGACCUUUAAGUAAAGCAGCUUUCUUUGCAUUUGUUGCUAAUUUCUUAAUCUUAAUGCAAUUAGGUGCUAAACACGUUGAGUCUCCAUUUAUUGAAUUUGGACAAAUAAGUACCGUAUUAUACUUCUCUUACUUUACUUUUGUAAUGUAUGGUGUUACUGUUCUUGAAAAUACUUUUGUGGAUUUAAGACACAAAAAAUAG